GUCAUUCUUCCUUCACCCGAACAGAUCUCCUCUCCUGUCGUUCUCCAACUUCUCGCUUCCAUCUCUCUGUUGCCAUCGCCAUUUCCGUCGUGUUUUCCUUCCUUUUUAGUCGAUUCCUAUCAUUUGUUUUCUCUGUUUUGCCCUAUUUUCCCCUUUAUAGCUCUUAUUAUUUUCAUUUUUCUCUUCGUGUUUUCAUCCAUAAAUUUCUGCUUGCAGUUCCAUGGAUGCGAAAGCUACCCCCAAAUGGGAGUUUUAACGAUUCUAAUGAAGCUGUUCAGAAGUUAGUUUCGGCGGUGUUGAAUCAAUUUUAUUUAUUCCGUCCCUUCUUUUCCACAUUUUUUCCUGGUUUUGAGACGAUAUUUAGGGUUUUACUAUCGAGACCCAUUUCCAAUUUAUUUCUUUACGGUUUAUCAUAAUUUCUCAAUUAUAUGGCAUUUAUCCUGCACUGUAAUGCUCUAUUGUCGGAUUUUUCUCAGCCCCGAUUCCGCGAUGCUCUCGCCGGAAUGGGAUUCUUCCAACCGUAUCGCCGUCGCGGCCGGCUAUUCCCCAACGGAAGAGGGCGCGGCAGAGCCGGAGGAAGCCACGAUUUUUUAAUUGCGCUUAUGGUGAAUGAAUUAUCUGCCCAUCGCCACCUGGGAUACUCUAGCUCUAAUUUAAUUUCUGGUUCAGGUCUGAAUACUUUGGUGAAAAUGAAAGAAUUGCAGCUUGGUGUAUUUCAAAAGUCAAAAUCAGGUUUAAAAGCUGUUGCAAGCCCUAGUGAAAUGUUUCUAAGUGAACAGCAUUCAGAUUAUGAUGUUUUAGUAGGGCGUGUUGUUGCUGUAGUUUUGGAUGGAUCACGAGCCUUUGUCAUUGAAAUUCAGGAGUUUGUGAAUGAUCACUUGCUGUUUCUGUUGAUGGAUUCAACCCAACACUCUUGCUGUCGCUGUUGAUGGAGUUUGUGAAAUGUUUGUGUUUAGUAUGUUUUUUUUUUUCACUUCUGUUUGAAUGUUAAGAUGAGAGGAAUUGAUGGAUUCACCACUUCUUGUUGCUAGAGUUUGUCAAAUAUUAGUGUUUAGUACUUUCUUCCCAAUUAAAUGUGUACAUAGAGUUUAUUUGUGAUUG